ACUGGCAAAAAUGAAUAAUUUAAUCGAAACAUUCUUCAAUUCAACAUUAUUCUUCUCCGUGAAUUGUUGAGAAUAAAUACGAAAGUUCAGUUGCUGUGAAAUCAAGUUUUAACGCUAAAAUAUGAUCGAGACCGCAGCGGUGAUACCUAUAUUACUCGCAAUUUUCAUUUCGAAUGCUUGUUCACAGUCAGUCGAUGAGAAUGCACUGGUGCCCGUAUCGAAAAUUACCGGUACAAACUUGUACACAGGCAUCUACUAUAAAAUGUCAAUGAAAACAUUUCCCUAUGGUUGGGUGACGUCGGCUAUUUAUGGCUCAACAACAUACGUUCAAAUUGAAUUGAAUCCGAACGAAUUGCCAAACUAUGAACCGGGGAAAAUGUUUCAAUUUGACAAUCAAUGGUAUUUCGAAGCGGUCGGCUCAAGUGGUGGCUAUACACUGACGAACAGAAUGAAGACUGAUGACGUGUUAAGUUAUUUGGGUUGGUAUGCUGCGCUUUCCAAUAGGGAAAGCAUAAAGGCGACUGGUGAUGUGUUCCUGAUAAGAGCUCAGUGGAAAUUGAGAGCAACAGCAGAGGAGAACUACUUCAAAGUGGAGAAUAUGCAAUAUCCGGGUUGUCUGCUUACGUGGGUGUGGACGAUGCACAACAGGCACAAUUACUACAUUCAACUUAGUUAUACUGACUAUGGAGACGAUUCAAAGUUCUCCUUCAAACUACCCACAAUCACGCUGAAAGCCAUUGUUACCGAUUUUCAAUUCUCUCAACUACCAGAGGAAACCAGCAGGGUGCUGGUUGACAAGAAGAAUUUCACCAAUGUCGGCAGAACAGAGCUCACCUAUUCUUUGAAUGAAACUUAUCCAACGUCGAACAGCUUCACAUUUUCAUUCGCCAGACCGAUCCGUGCUGUAAAUCAAACGACGAUAAAUGUUACCAAUCUCCUUGAGCUGUCUGCUACUGAACUGAUCUUCGAUGGUGGUUUUGAAGCCAAUGAAGGGAGAACUGUUAACGUCACCAAACAUUUAACGAUGAACUCUCAAGUAAGAGGGCCGCCCAAUUCCGAGAAUGAGGUCAGCAUUUUCACCAUUUGGUCCAGAAUUGAGGUUCCAUUCACCGCUACAUUGAUUUUGUCUGGAACAACAGAGCGAAUUCUCAAGGACCAACCGGGACAGGUUCAAGAAGCACAAGUUCCUGUCGAUCUUGUAAAGGAAUAUCUGAGUUCUAUAGGGGAAACCAACUUGGAGAUCGUUUCCAGAGUCGGUAACAAUUUGCGCAUUUCGGUCAGCGGGGUCAUGAAAGCUAACGUUGGAUACAAAACAAAUUUUGAAUUGAAAUCUUUGAGGAAAGAGGAGCCAAAAACCAGUGUGGGUCUUAUUAAACCUCUGAUUAGGACACUUAACCUCGCAAUAUAGGACAAUAAAGUACACUUUCUUUGUGAA